AUGUAUCUCCUGACAGCAAUGAGCAUGGAGAGGCGCCUGUCCAGAUUGUUCCCAAUCUGGUACUGGUGUCGCUGCCCAAAGCACUUGUCGGGUAUCAUUUGUGGGGUGCUCUGGGCUCUCACUGGACUUUUUAUUUCUUUGAAAUUCUACGUUGCUGUCCUGCUCAGUGUGAUCUUCCUGUCCAUCUUUGGGUUGAGAAGACUCAGCGUGGUGAUUUUUCUUGGGCGUAUUGGUAUAAGCCUAUUUGUUCUUCAGAUGACUUACCUGCUGGCAUCGCUGAACAGCAGCAUCAACCUGGUCAUUUACUUCCCGGUAGGGAGCUGCCGGCAGCGCUGGUUCCAGAGCUCUGCAAAAGUCACCCUCAGCCAAGAGUUCAAAGAGAAAGCAACGAGCGAGGAGGAGAGCCACAUACGUAGGGACACCGCAGUGGAGACCACUCUAUAAGGCACUGCUGG